AUGGAAAAAGUUCAGCACCCAUUACCUACAACAAACCAACUUGAUGUGUUGUUCAAAAUUAUUGCUGAACAUUCUGGCGACCAAGAAGCUAUUGUUAACAUAAUGGAGAACGGCAAAUACUCCUGGCCAGGGGAGAACUUCACGUUCGAUUACCAAGUACAUCCAACAUCUUUUGAAGCGCUUAAUAGAGUCAAAAGUAUAUCCGAAAGAACAUCAAAGCGAAAUAAAAAAUCACAGUGGGAAGGCUACCUUCGAGUCCAUAUGUUUGGUGAAGAAUUAUCAAAACAAAUGCGGAUUUUUAUGGGGGUUGGCAAUUCUCCUGGAUUUGAGAAAAUGAAAAUAGUGGCGCCACGUUUUGUAAAUGGUGAAUCGCGUAGCAGAGGACCUACCUCAUUUGAUGAUGUAUAUAAUCUUGACGAACUUAACCAAGUGCUUGCUGAAAAUGACUACCCACCUGUUGUUUUAGACAAGGAAUAUGAUGACGUGUGCAAAGAUGUGAAGCCUAUUUAUGUUGUCGCCUUUAUUCCACCCAGAAGUACUCCACAAUAUACGGGUUAUACAGACAAUAUCAGAGAUCAGCUUUAUGGAAAAGAUAUAAAACCGGGCAAGAAGUAUCCUGAACGAUGGAUUGAUUGCGAAUUUAAUAAGAAAGCACUCCGUCCUCUCUCUGUUAACUUAACCGAGCGUAAAAUGAUAUGCACAACAUAUCGUUUCAAUAUAUCAACUUUGAGACAGACAGUUCUUAAAAAUGCAAAAUGUAUCGAAGUACCGAUUUGGUCAGAUCAUGGGAUGUACAAAAGGCCUUCAAGACCAGAUAAUUUGAGUCCAGACGAAAUAUUUCACUAUGUUCUUAACCCUAGUGACAUGCUAGUGAACGAGGUGAACGCGUUUACCGAACAAUAUCUUGGAAGACCAUACGUGGCUAUCCAUAUUCGAGCUAAUCACAUCAAUGUUCUUCCAACCACAACUAAUCGUUGUUUUAAUGUGGCAAUGAGAGUUGUAGAAGCGCUAAAAGAGAAGAGAGGAGUAAAGUCAGUCUACAUUUCCACUGAUAUGAAUAAAUACGGUGGUAAGGGUUCUUAUGAUCCUGGGCACGAGGAAUACUUCGCUGCGAUUAGCGGAGCCAUUCGAUACAAACCGAACGCGACAGGGCAUUUACGAGACAUUUCGCGAAGCAGUAUAUCGAUCACGAAUCUCUUACUUGUAAGGAGAAGUGAUCAUCUAAUUGCGAUAGGAGCUGGAAGUUUUCAUGGAUUCGUCAUGGGUCAAUUUCUCAGGGAACACUUUGGAAAGGACCCGAAAAUGUGGUCUAUGAUUAGAAUGUGCGAAAACGCAAGGAGUGGUGGGAUGACUAGAGACCCUAAUGCCGACUAUUCUAAAUACAUUGAGGAUUGA